CCUACGUAGAGUCCAACAAAAUGCCGCCACAAACAAAGGACGAAGAGGUCAAUGAGAGGGAUGUCCUGAUUCCAGACUGGGUGAAGCCGGAAGUAUUUGAAGACCUGCUGAAAAGGGAGGUUAAGGAUUUUAAGCAGACCAAAUCUAUAAGGGCAAAAGCUGGAGUGUCAGCUGGAGAGAACUAUGCCACCGUAAUGCUGAGGGUUGAGCUGGAUGUGGAAACAAAAGAUAAAGCUCUGCAAACUAAAGCCUUUAUGCUGAAGACUCCCCACCAAUCGGAAAUCUAUCGCAAAAUGAUAGAAAAAAGCGAUAUAUUUGAUGUGGAGCGCGGAAUGUAUCUGGAGGUGGUGCCAGAACUGGAACAGCUGUACCGCGAUGUAGGAGUCGAGAUCAAGUUUGGAGCAAAGGCCUACGAAAUACCUGCUGGGGACUAUUAUGUCUUGCUGGAGGACCUCAGGCCACGGGGCUUCCGAAAUGCGGAUCGUCUUCAAGGUCUGGACCAAACUCAUACGGAGAAUGUCCUGCGAAAAUUCGCCCAGUGGCAUGCCGCCUCUGCGGUCCGGGUGGAUACCAAAGGCCCUUACGAACCCAAAUACACAGCUGGAUUCUUUAAAACGAAGGAAAUCGUGGAUGCUCUUUGCAACAGUAGUGCCAAAACUCUGCUCCAGCACGUCGAUAAGUACGAAGGCCAUAAGGCCUAUAUAGAGGAUUUGACCAGUAUAUCAAAAAAGUUAUAUGAUGUGGUUGAUGAUCUGAACACCCCCAAGGCGGAGGAGUUUAAUGCCCUCAAUCAUGGCGAUGGUUGGUCGAAUAACAUAAUGUUUCAGUAUAGUGACAAAAACGAGAUACUCAACACGUACUUCGUGGAUCUUCAAAUUCCCAAAUACGGAACUGUGGCGCAGGACUUGUACUACUUCCUGCUCUCCUCCACUCAAUUGGACAUCAAGACGUCUAAGUUUGACUAUUUCAUUUGGUUCUAUCACACGGAGUUGGUUAAGAACUUGAAACUACUGAAGUAUUCGAAGCCUUUGCCAAGUCUGAGAAGUAUCCGUGAUGCCUUAAAUAGAUACAGUGGCUGGGCAUUUAUCUGCUGCUCCUGCGUUAUGGGAUAUGUUUUGCUGGAUCCAACUGACGAGGCUGACUUUGACAAAAUAAUUGCCCACGAAGACUCCAACUUCAAACAUUCCAUAUUCACCAACCCCAGAUACAAAAGGCACAUGGAAGUCAUUUUGCCAUGGCUGCAACAUCGUGGGGCCUUGUCAUAAAUUUUAUUUAAUUAAAAUAAAAUAAGUAA